CUUCAAGAGGCUUCGAUCCUUCUUUGUGUUGUUUUUCUUUUCUUCAACCUCGAUCGGCCAGCUGUCUGCUCUCCCAUCCCAGUUCUAGCUCAUGAGUCGGUUGUAAUUCCUUAAUAUUAUCUGUUGUUUAAUUCAAAUUUCCUUUAUCUUCUCCGUUGAUUCUUUCUUAAUUAAUUCAGCAAUUCCUUCCCAAGAUUGUCUUAUAAAUUUGGAGAAAGAGAAACUUUUGCUUUAUUAAGAUAAAGAAGAGAGAAUCAAUGGAGGAAAUAAUUGAGGGAGAAAGCCAAAUCUCUGAGAGUAUAGAUGAUGAUGAAAUAUCCGAUGCCGGGUCCGUAAUCGAAGAAUCGACUCCUCCAUCUCCUCAUCCGACAUCUCAAGGUUUGUUUGCGCGGGACGGGUUGGCGGCGGUCGGAGAAGGGAGCAUAGAGCACGAUGUGAUCAAGAAUGUGUUUCUUCACGGCAUGGGAGAUAUUUCCAAGGAUACCGACGUGGUGGCGAUGCACAAGAGCUCUCCAACUACUUCAUCUGGCUUGGCGUCCAAGAAAGCGAGGCUGGACUCGUUCCGGAUUUUCUCUGAGGCGAUGGCGAACAAGUGCGGCGGAGACGCCAACACGAGGUACGCAUGGUAUGGCGGCACGAGGGACGAUAUUCGGGAGAUCGUCAAGUACGGAUUUAGUCGGUGUGCGAGGCCUUCGCACGGUCCGUCCUAUGGUUUUGGGCUCCAUUUGGCUCCUGCCAAGUUUGCCAUUGAUGGUGCCGCAUCCUCUGCGGUAGAUGAAGAUGGGUUGAGGCAUGUUCUGCUAUGCCGGGUGAUAAUGGGGAACAUGGAAACCGUUUGUCCUGGUUCCGAGCAGUCUCAUCCAAGUUCACGAAAUUUCGACUCCGGCGUUGACAAGCCAUCGGCUCCCAGAAGAUACAUCGUCUGGAGUGCUUUCAUGAAUUCGCACAUCCUUCCCGCUUACAUCAUAACUUUCAAGGUCCCUGAUCAUUGCUUAACGCGUAUUCCGAAUUUGCAGCCAAAUAAUCCGAGACCAUCCACGCCAUGGAUGAGUAUUCCUGCUCUAAUGUCCGUACUUUCAAGGACCUUAAGUCCUUGUAAAAUGGCAUUGAUUCACAAAUCUCACAAGGAUUUUCGGGCACUCAAGAUCUCGCGACCAAGAUUUAUACAGAUGUUGAGGCUCACUGCCGGAGAUGAGUUAUUAGCUGCAACAGUAAAGCGUUACAGACAACACUAGCAGUAGUAGCAACAUUUGGCAAAAUACAAAAUGCAUUGGACAAGACGUACGGAAAGGGUACAUACGUGAAUGAACGCGUGGGAUAAGAGGAAAGCCUUUAAACUUAGAAAGCAAGAUGUUUUAGUGGGAUUUACGUUUUGUUUUGUUUUUUCUUUUCAGUUGAAAAUGAUCAGAAUCGACUACUUGUUUAAUUUUUCACUAGGCCGGUUUGGAUAUACAAAAUUAUCGCAUCCCA